AUGACUUCGGCCGACUCUAAAGAAGUGUAUGUGGUUGUGUCGGCUUUGGAAGCAGGACAGCUGACACUCCCGGAGAGGCUAUUCGUGACAGAUGCAGAUCCUGAAAAGAGGGCCACCGUCCCUUCGCUAUCCUUUCUAAUACAACACUGUUCUGCAGAGGGUCAAGAAAAGACCAUUGUCUUCGAUCUUGGGGUCAAACGCGAUCUCACGGGUUACGCUGAGCCUCAGCAACUUCAUAUACAAAAUCGACAACCGACUGUUUUGCGACCGGAUUGUGCUGAUAGUCUACGAAAAGGUGGGCUGGAGCCUGCCAAAGAUAUCGAUUAUGUUAUCCUGAGUCACGUCCAUUGGGACCAUGAAGGUACUCCCUCUGACUUUUCGAAUUCCCAAUUUGUGGUGGGCUCCGGGACAGUACAUCUGCUUGAGCAUGGGGCACCCCCUCACUACCCAAAAGAAAUCUUCGACCCAGCGUUGCUGCCUCGAGAUCGAACUCAAGAAUUGCCACCGGUGGAAAGUAAUAGCUCGACCGCACAUUCUAAGCAGACAGAUCACAAGUGGGAGCCAUUCGCGGGAUUUCCAGCUACGGUUGACUUCUUCGGAGACGGGUCGGUCUACAUCGUUGAUAGUCCAGGACAUCUUUUCGGUCAUGUCAACCUAUUACUACACGUUGGGGAUCGGAAAUGGGUAUACCUGGGAGGCGAUUGUUGCCACGAUCCGCGGAUUCUGACAGGCGAGAAAGAUAUCGCACUCUACGACGAUGGACACGGCAAUUUACGCAGCGUUCACGUCGACACGGAGCUAGCAAGGGACACACUGAGCAAGAUCGAACCGCUGCUGAAGAAACCAAGCCCGAGCUUUGGAGAACCGACUGAGGUAGAAGUGAUUGUGGCUCAUGACAAGAACUGGCGGGAGCAGAAUCAACAUCGAUUCUUUCCUGGUAGACUAUGA